AUGCUAGCUUUCCUUCUGGGAGCGUUAUUCGGCGCAGCUCUCGUCCUUUUUAUUAUUUUUGUUCUGAUUGUCGAUCCAUGGGGACCAAAAUUACCGCCACCACCGUUCAUCGACCAAUAUCGACCAGUCGAGAUACCGAAGGAACUACGCGAUUUCCUCAAGACUGGCGAUGAUGGUCAAGGGAUAUCGCGAUGGGAAUCGUGUCAUUCCAUGUCAGUUUUACUGCAUAUGUUAUUCCAAGAGCACAAGGACACGCGACUACUUAGAAGAUGGUUCCAUAAACGUUUGCAAAUAGAACUCAACGAUAUUAGCACUCGAUCUGCAGCUGGGCGCCUGAUACAGGAAAUCCGCAUUCGUGAUCUGUCCCUUGGCACGAGAUUCCCCCGAAUAAAUGCUAUCCGAGUCGAAAAUGUGGAGAUGUCCGAGGACAAGAAUAUCUUUGAGGUAAUUUUCAUGCAUUUGAAUUUAAUUUUGUUUUUUGCCUUCAUUAUUGUUUCUAUUUAUUUCGCUAUUUUUUGUCUUAUCUUAAGUUGUUUUACACUGAGUGCAUGCUCAUUGUAG